AUGAGUAGAAUGAAUGAUGAAGUUAUGGAAGAUAAACCAGAGGAUAUUAAUGAUUAUGAAAAAGGUCCACUUUCAAUCUUAAUGGACAGUGUAAAUAAUAAUACUCAAGUUUUAAUCAAUGUUAGAAAUAAUAAAAAACUUUUAGGUAGAGUCAGAGCUUUUGAUCGUCAUUGUAAUAUGGUUUUAGAAAAUGUUAAAGAAAUUUGGACAGAAGUACCAAAAACUGCUAAAGGUAAAAAGAAAGCGAAACCAAUUAAUAAAGAUCGUUUCAUUAGUAAAAUGUUUUUAAGAGGUGAUUCAGUUAUUUUAGUUUUAAAAAAUCCUUUAGGCGCACCACCACAAACCGUUUAA